AUUAGCAAUUAGCAUAGACAUAUUAACUAUAUUAGUUAAUAUGUCUAUGGUAAUUAGUUAUUACUUAUGGUUGUCGAGUAAGUCGCGCAUGCGCUUAUGCCACUUGGCACCUAGUUCUAGUGUGUUCUCAUCAACAAAAUGUGCUCUCCGGGAACUCGACUCGAAUUUAUAUUUUAUUUUACCCAUCACAAUCCCGAGUGUUACAACAAUUACUGUAAACUAAGUAUUUAGAAUAUUUGGUCACAUUGUUACACCCAUAGAAAAACUUAGAAUUCUUUCCAAUAUCAGUAUUACCACAGAAUAGAUUAAAUUACUGUCGUUAUAAUUUGUACCUAUGAAUUUUAAAAAAAAACUGAUAAGAAAAAUGUAGUUCGAUGUUCGAUGACAUUUUAUCUAUAAAAAAUAAUACCUAAAUAUACCUUUUGUCCUUUUCUACAAUCUGCAGUAUAAUAUUAUUAGUCACAGCCCACAGGUCUCAUACUCUCACAUUCUCAUGUUGGGAACUACUAGUGGUUGGUGAAUAAUGAAUAUAUUAUGUACUAUCAUUAGUCUUUGUCAUUGAAGUGCCCAAGUUCAAGGUAGUUGAUGAUGGUGAAAGUAAACUGUAUAAGGUAAAAAUAUCAGUAAAUAAAAUUGCUGUUGAUUAAACUCAUAUUUUACCCAGCCUAUGUAUAAUAUGGUAUAAUCAAGUAGGUAUGUGCUACGAUAUUCCAAUAAAAAUAAUUUUGUAGUAGAUAGCUGAAGAGUGCUAGUUUUCAAUUAGUCAGGAUGUCUACAAUAUUAGUAAAUUACGAUGGAUCAGUUCAGAUCAUUUCAUUUAAUCGUCCAAAUAAACUAAAUGCCAUAUCAUUUCAGUGCUACAAUGAAGUGACCAGAGCUCUCGCAGAAGGGGCUAAAAAUGAUUCUGUUUUUCUUACCAUAUUAACUGGUAUAGGAAAAGCCUAUAGUAGUGGUACAGACUUAUUUGAUAGUAAUGUUAUAGAUAUAGAAGAUCGUUUAAAUGCAACACGAAACUUUGUAAGAGCGUUCAUUGAUUAUCCGAAGUUGUUAGUUGCAUUGGUCAAUGGUCCAGCAAUUGGAAUUGCAUGUACUACGUUAGGACUGUGUGAUCUUGUUUAUGCAACUAAAACAGCGACAUUUUCAUGUCCUUUUCACAGAUUGGGUAUUACUGCUGAAGGAUGUUCAAGCAUUACAUUUCCAUUAAUUAUGGGAAAAACUAGGGCCAAUGAAUUUUUGUACUCUGGUAAGACAUUAAAUGCUAUUGAUGCCCAGAAGAUUGGCUUAGUCAAUGAAAUUAUCAAUGACGGAGUUAGUGGAAGAAAUGAGUUAGUUAAAAAAAUCACAACUGAAGUAGCUUUGUAUAAAUCGCCUAUGGUGUACACAAAAUCAAUGAUGCUAAAUGGUGUGAUCACUAAAGAUGAACUGCACAAAGCUAAUGAUAGAGAGAUUGAAAGACUGCUAGAAAGAUUCAAUUCAGAUGAUUUUCAAAAUUCUAUUGCUAAUUAUUUUAAACAAAAAAUGUUAAAGAAUAAGUUAUAAAGUAUUCCUUAAGAAAUAUGUAUCUAUAUGGUUUUUAUAUUUCAAACAAUUUCUAGCAUUCACUUUUACAUCACAUUAUAAUCAAUUUACUAGUUUUAAAAGUUUGGUUGCAAUAUCAUACACCUAUUAUAGUUACUCUACUAAGCUUUUGAACAAUAUAUUAUGAUUUUUAAAAAUGUCAAAUUUUUUUUUGUGAAGUCGUUUAUGUUAUUCAUUGUUUCUUAUUGAUACCUUACAGUAGCAUCAAACACAUACCCACCACAGAAUACAGAUAUUUCAAUUACACAUGCGUAUUACACAGAUUUUGGCAUGGCUUAAUAUAUUUAUUUAGCCAUGGCACAGACUAAGAUAAAAUGUAUCUUAAUCUAUUGUAGUUAGACAUAGUAAGUUAAUAGUUAAUCUAUAGUUACUAUUUUUAUAGUUAGUACCAACUAGUUACUAUAAAUGUUGAAAUAUUUGUUAGUAUGCAGGGAGGUGAUGGAUCUGUACAAACCAAUGCUGUUUAAAUUUUCCAGUAUAAAAUUUUUCAAUUUUCUGUGUCCCCAUGACAAUCCCAUCUACUUUGUCAUGUGUGUCCUGUCUUUAUAAUUUUUAGGUUAAAGGUAAAAAAAAUUGUUUGUCAACCAAGGGGUUUUCACUAUUAUUGUUAAGAUAUUUCCUGGUUUUUCCAAUAAUGAAAACAAAUACUAGGAAAUUUUACUUUUGACGCCCCCCCCC